AUGAGCUGGCCAGCGUUGCAUGAUUUCUUCGAGGAGCACCAGGGGUGGGUUCUGGCCUUCUUAGGGUCGCUUAUGGGCAUUAUUGGAGCGUCGUCUAUAUACCUUGAUGUGCUGAUACAUUUCUUCAAUAGGAAGUCUACAUUCACCAUCAAGGGGGAAGAGAGAGUGCUGAUCUACGGCUUCAGUAUGAGUUCAGGGUGCUUGACGCUGACGAGUUUGUACCGCCUGCUUCCUGAGUCCUUUAGCUACUUUGAAAAGUCUAUGGAGAAGGAAAAGGGCAGGUUCACACCGAGCUUCUGGGUCAUGGUGUUCUUCAUUGGAGGGACGGUGUUUUGUCUGGUGUUUAACAGCCUGGUGCAUUACAUGACUAGUGAGAGUAUUGUGCACUGUAACCACGGUGGGGACGGAGAUGAGCACACGCACAGCCAUGCGGACACAAGUGAUGGAUCUAUCUCACCAUUGUCGACGCAGCACCACUCACACUCACACUCGCACUCACACUCACAUUCACACUCACACUCACAUUCCCAUUCAAGUUCUUCUGCCAAUAGCUCCGACGAUAAAGUCCCAACUCCGAACACAGGACCUUUAGAUGAGGAACAGAUUAUCGAGUACCACGGGUUGCAGGGCCCAACAAUGAACAGUUAUUUCGAUGACGUUGAUUAUCCAACCGAGGAUACAGCGUUGAUUCGUCCCCAGUUAGAACACAAGAGGUCUCUCUUUGAAGCUGCUAUCGACAAGAUCACCCUGGGAUCACAUAACGCACAUGAAUGUACUGGUAUUAAUGAUACAAACUGUGUUGGCUAUCCAACGUGUGUCACACAAGAGAUUAAGAAUAAAGUCUCAAACGAUAUCCAUCAUCUGGAUUUCUACAGGGGGUUGCAGAUCAACAAGUCUAUGAGUUCACUUGUUGCAUAUACACAACCACCAUCAACAAAUGUGAUGAGACGCCAGGCGUCUAUACCAGGUCUGCCACCUGUGCAGAUUCCUCAAGACAUCACGCUCUCGAGUGAACCUAAUUUGGAUUUGCACGCUUCCCAUAAGGAUGAUCACCAUCAUCAGAUCAACACUCCUGUAUCCAAGCUAUUGAGCAUUGGAUUACAGACUUGUCUUGCUCUAACAUUACACAAGCUACCAGAGGGGUUCAUCACGUAUGCCACAUCUGAGGCCAACCCAUCCUUGGGAAUCGCCAUUUUCCUUUCACUUGCCAUACACAACAUCAUUGAAGGGUUUAGUAUGACGUUACCGUUAUACCUGGCGUUGGAUUCGAGGACCAAAGCAUUUGGUGCAUCGGCAGUGCUGUGCGGCUUCAGUCAACCUGUUGGUGCACUCCUGGCGUUCCUAGUAUUGAGAGGACGUGUUCUUGAAGAUGAAGGCUCCAUGUUUGUCUUCGGGUCUCUGAUUGGCGUGACUUCAGGGUUCCUAAUCAUCGUUGCUAUGCAGAUGUUUUCAAGUGCCAUUCAGUUUGGCGGGUCUGCCAGUCAAGUGAUGAAGUGGAGCGUCUUCGGAAUGUUCAUCAUUCUUGUAACUGCUACAAUGACGGAAUUUGGCAAUUCCUGA